AUGUCUUCGUUUAAAGUGAAAAUCGAUAGAGAAAAUUUAUUAGUGAUAGAAGAUGAACUAUAUGACAAUAUAUCCUUAGAAGAACUUGUAGAAGAAUUGCCCGAAAACUCUCCAAGAUAUAUUGUAUUAAGUUAUGAAUUGUUACAUAACGAUGGACGUAAAUCGUAUCCUUUAGUUUUAAUUUAUUAUUCGCCAGCAACUACAAAACCAGAGAUACACAUGCUGUAUGCAACUGCAAAAACUUACUUUCAACAAAAAGCAGAAUUAAAUAAGGUAUUUGAUAUUCGAGAAAUUGAAACAUUAACGGACGAAUGGCUACAAGAAAAACUACUUCAUUGA